AUGCAUUUCUCUUCUCCUACAUUCGAGCUUCCGUUUUUGCCUUUGAUAACGCCGAGGAGCUGCCGCUUAUGGCAGCCACGGCAGAGCCGGAGUGACAAUGAUGACGUGGUAGUCCAAAUGAUGGAGAGAGAAGUGAAAAUCAUCACGGGAUUAAUUACAUUCUUCAAGAAAAAAUCUUAA